ACCGCUUUAUUACACAUCACAAUCUCAAGUUCUCAAUUCCAGUUUAGCAAAUCGAAACCCUUGUUUUCUUUCACUACAAAUCCUAAAUUUCAAUGGCGCCAAAGGCAGAGAAGAAGCCCGCCGCUGAGAAGAAGCCAGCGGAGGAGAAGAAGUCCACCGUAGCCGAGAAGACUCCAGCGGAGAAAAAGCCGAAGGCUGGGAAGAAGCUCCCUAAGGACGGUGCCGCCGCCGGAGACAAGAAGAAGAAGAGGACGAAGAAGAAUGUGGAAACUUACAAGAUCUACAUCUUCAAGGUUCUCAAGCAAGUUCACCCUGACAUCGGUAUCUCAAGCAAGGCCAUGGGUAUCAUGAACAGUUUCAUUAACGAUAUCUUUGAGAAGCUCGCCCAAGAGGCCUCAAAGCUCGCUAGAUACAACAAGAAGCCCACAAUCACUUCUCGGGAGAUCCAGACCGCCGUAAGGCUUGUACUCCCCGGUGAGCUGGCCAAGCACGCCGUAUCGGAGGGUACCAAGGCGGUGACCAAGUUUACCAGUUCUUGAAAACAAUCUUUACUGUAGACGGUUUUACGUUUGGCCGCGGUGAAGAUACUUUCGGAAAGGAUAGGAUAAGAUGUUUGUGUUUAGUUUUAGUGCUUAUUUAUUUUUAUUUUGACUUUCAAUGACGUGUAUGUUCAUCUGGAUCUGCUCGAUCCUAAAGUUUGUUAAGAAAUAUAUGGACAUUAUCUACUAAA